GAAAGAUUUAAAGAUGAACAUGAAAAAGCAACGAGUCCAGGGGAUAUUUUCAUUUUUUACACAUCAGCAUCCUCCAAAAAACUUAAACUUUAUCAGCCAAAGUCUGCAAUCGUUAGUAAAGACAACUGGGAAGAAUAUUUCGGAUCUUUUUCUGGGAGAUGCUAUAAUUAUGCCAUGGGACCACCAAAUAUUAAUGAAGCAACCUACACUCAGCUGACUGGAAUAGAUUUCAUUGCAGAAGGACGUGCUAGGACUAUCAUGGAAGAACGAAACAAACGCAAAUUUUCUGGUAUAGAUGAUUGUCUAAGUAGAACAAAAAUUCCGC